GCUUUGUGAAUCCAACAUGUCGGCGCCCGUGGAGGUAGUUCUGUGUGCAGAUUCAGCGGGUCAGCUGUUUAACUGCGCGGUUUUCGACCCUCAUUCCGGGUCAGAGUUCUUGUCUUAUCGCGGGGGCAACACCUCUUCCCGGUCUUUAACAGUCCUGAACGGAGAAUACAUAUUAGGAGCUCAACUCGGCAAGAACUUCAUCAACGUGUGGGAGAUCCAAAGAAAGGACCAGCUGCAGCAGAAGAUUGUGUGUCCUGGGAUCGUUACGUGUCUCUGUGCGUCUCCUGAUGGUCUCUGUGUACUGGCAGGCAUUGCUGAAGCUAUAUACCUGUGGGAGGUAAUGAAAAAUUGUGUAUUGUGUUUCAGCGUUGUUCAGUUGGAUUCAUCCCGCAUACCAGAACCGCUUCACAUUCUUUCUCGCCACUCCCUCCCCAUCACCGACAUCCACUGUGGCCUGAUGGGACCACAAGCCCGUGUUGCCACCGCAUCCCUGGACCAAACCGUUAAGGUCUGGGAAAUUUCAUCGGGGGAGAUGCUCCUGUCCGUUCUCUUCGAUGUUGGCAUCAUGUCAGUGACCUUUGACCCCUGCGAGUAUUUCCUGUUCUGCGGAGGUAGUGACGGCAAUAUUUUUCAGGUGUCUCUCUGCAGCACGAGUAUAAAGCGGGAUAAAACCUUCCAGACGGACAGCGACGGCAAUCAGGUGUUUAAAGGACACAGAAAUCUGGUGACAUGUUUGUCUGUGUCUAUGGACGGGACCCUCCUGCUGUCCGGCUCCAACGACGAGACUGUCAGGAUGUGGGAUGUUCAGAGCAAGCAGUGCAUAUGGUCCAUCAACCACAAGGGUCCUGUUACCAAUGCCGCUAUCAUCCCAGCACCUGCCAACAUGUUCCUUGCUGACAGUCAUCCAGCCGUCCCACUGCCACGGUUCAGUCGCCACCUGAACCCCUCCGAGCAGGGUGACGGCACGAGCUCUGGAGGCAUGUGUCUGAGACUGGGAGCCAACACGCAGGAGCCGGAGGGGACGUAUUUGGAGAAGGCAGACGAGCUCUACUCUCUGAUGUGUGCUGUCACAGACAAGAGUGUGUUUGGUGAUGGGGAGAACACUAAGGUACGAGUGUCUGAACUGGAGGAGGAGGUGAAGACCCUGAAGAAGAUCAAUAAAGAUCUGUAUGAGUUCUCCACUCAACUCCUGACCAAACCCAACUAGAAGAGCUUUCAGAAGUCCUCCGUCGGAACAGUCGGAUCAGUACGAGA